UCGACGAGCUCAGUCAGUGACACACACGAUGGAGCAGUUCAACAGAUUCACGGCUCCUGCUUCUGACAAACUGAGGCAACUCCAAAAAAUGGUUCAAGAUAUAAAGAAGAAUGACGACAGCCUUUUCAACAGGCUAAAAAGGUUUCAGAACGAACAAACAGCUAAUAUUCUCAAAAGCGGGAGAAAUACGCUGGACCGAAUAAAGAAGAAAGGACCUCCAAAAGUACCAGCAAGGGACUAUCAAGGCGAAGCUCCGGAUACUGAGAGAUACUCUGACUCAGAUUUUGACAGUGACACAUAUGAGGAGCCACAGGGUGAUCAUGAGGAUAACUACGAGCCUCCGCCGAGGUCAGAGGUCGGCGUGAAGGGCUUCACCAUCGGCUCGUCCAUCUCAAACCCCAGAGGAGAGUAUGUGGACAGCUGUCGUGGUCGACCGGCAAAACCAAACACUCCUUUCCUUCUGCAACAGCGGCACAAACCCCCGCGACUGACCCGCAGUCGGACAGAGGAAGAUGAUGGAGAUUACAUUGAGCCCGAGGACGAGAUGGAGGAUAAUUACAUUGACCCCACUGAGAAAACACUAACAAAGCCGGCGGUUAACAGAGGGGUCAAACCUUGUGUUCCUGCGUGUGGAAACGGUCCCGAUUUCUAUGAGGUUCCGGACAUGAAGGAGAAUUCACAUUCUAAGAAAAGAAGUAAGGAGACUCUUCAGCCGAACACACAGACGGCGCCUCCUAAAGCCAGUCCACGAAUGCACGCCAGAAGGCCAUCAACGCCUCCAGAACCCCAAUCAGAUGACGAUUAUGAGGUGUGUGACGGAAAUGACACAGUUAACGAAAGACCAGAGGAGACGACGGAGACCCGGAGACCAUCGAUGCCGACACCUCGACCUCGAGACCUGAAGAAACCAAAUCCUGCUUCGAUACCGAAACCAAGCAUUCCUCGCAGAGAGAGUGAAGCAUCAUCAACUAAAACAACACCAGUAACUAUCCCACGAAGCCCACCGGACACCAAGUCGAGUCCGUCGCCAACAGGGAUUCAUCGAGCCAGAAUGCCUUUGCCUCGACAGGCUCCCUCCUCCCAAAGCAGAGGGACGUUGCCUUCAGAGAGCAGAUCAGCUAGAGACGCUGAGGAGGAAGCUGGUGUGUAUAAAAAGGUUUGGUUUGCCAGCAGCUGUGACCGCAAGACAGCAGAGGACGCUCUCAUUCGCUCAGCUAAGGACGGGUCGUUUCUGCUCAGGAAGAGCUCUGGUGUGGACGCACAGCAGCCGUACACACUCGUGGUGUUUUACAACGGCCGAGUUUACAACAUCCCCGUCCGCUACAUCGCUUCCAACAAACAAUAUGCUUUGGGGAAAGAAAAACAAGGAGAGGAGCAUUUCAGCAGCGUUUCUGGCAUUAUUGAGAACCACCAGAAGAAUCCUCUAGUGCUGGUCGACUCACAGAGCAACACCAAAGACUCCACCAAACUCAGGCAUGCAGUGACGCCAUGAAACAACAGCAACAAGAGCGCGAAUCUGACGACGCUGGAGGCUGACAAAUAUAACUGUACUGACCUGACAUACAACUGUGUGAUAGUUUCACAUCUUACCUUAAUAGACGAUGGAAACAGAUAACUUGCUGCUACUUUUAUAACUUAUUUUAGUGAAUGACAGGUCCGUUCGCACUAGGCGCGCGCUGCGUGCAUUUCCAAAACAGCGGCAGCGUAACAGAAUUAAAACAACGCGGUAUUUUUAAUUUGACGCGACGGAAAGCGAGACGCCGAAAUUCCAUUCGAGAUAAUAACAUUGCAAUGAUGAAAGAAGUCCGUGUAACGCAUAUGUU